AAAGAUGGCUGAGAGCUGAGAGGGGCAAGGAGAAGACCAUUUUAGCGCACGGACGCCUCUUCUCUUUUAAAUAUCGACGGGAGGGCCUCGACGCUCACCGUCAAGCGAAGUGUGAAGAAAUUCCCACACAUGUGUUGCCACGGUGGUGGUGGUGGUGCUGCUGCUGCUGCUGCUGCUGCUGCUCGGCGUCCGUGUCACAUCUUCCUCGCCGCUUCGAAGGCGGCGUUUGACGGCCACAAGGGAAAGUAGCGAAGAGGCCGGGAAUUGAGCCCAAAAAGCACCAUCGAGAGAUGUCCUUGCUGUGUGUUGGAGUGAAAAAAGCCAAGCUUGAUGGACCCCAUGAAAAAUUCAACACUUACGUGACCCUGAAGGUGCAGAAUGUCAAGAGCACCACCAUCGCCGUGCGCGGCAGUAUGCCGUGCUGGGAGCAGGACUUUAUGUUUGAGAUAAACCGGCUGGACCUGGGCCUGACAGUGGAGGUGUGGAAUAAAGGCCUGAUCUGGGACACCAUGGUGGGCACCUUAUGGAUCCCCCUGAGUAGCAUCCGACAGUCCAAUGAGGAGGGUCCUGGUCAGUGGUUGACACUGGACUCCAACGUGAUCAUGGCUGAGAAUGAGAUCUGCGGCACCAAAGACCCAACCUUUCACAGGCUGCUGUUGGACACACGCUUUGAACUGCCACUAGACAUUCCUGAAGAAGAGGCACGAUACUGGGCCAAGAAGCUUGAACAACUGAAUGCCAUGAGAGACCAAGAUUAUGCCUAUCAAGAGGAGCAAGAGAGGCCACUCCAGGCGCCUUCCACACAGUGCUGCAAUUGGAGUCUGUGGGGCAAUCAGCAAAACGACGACCCGGACAGCGCCGUGGACGACAGGGACAGCGACUACCGCAGCGAGACCAGUAACAGCGCUCCGCCUCCCUUUUACACUACAUCUCAGCCCAACGCCUCCAUGCACCAGUAUCCCAUCAGGGAACAGCACUACAGACACCCGUACGACGACAUCCACGAUAUGGACUAUGACCCCCGAGACAUUAGACCCUAUGAUAGUUUAGACUUGGCCACCAACGGGCGCAGUGAUAUCGACUCAGGCUCAGGGUCGAGCCGGCGCACCAGUCGUCAGUAUUCUCUAGACAGUAGGCAUUCGCUGUCCGAUAGUCCCACAGACAGUCGCUAUGCCUCUUCGGGUGAGCUGAGCCGAGGCAGCUCCCAGCUCAGUGAGGAGUUCGUCCCUGAGGACGGUGAGAGCCUGCGAGGCUCUGAGUUCUACGACGAAAACGACUCUUAUCACUCCUGCCACUCGUCCAUUAGUUACGGCAAGGAGGACUUCCCGGGCUGGGACGGGGAGGACCAGCAGGGCGUCUACAGUGACGAGGGGAGCUAUGUCAAAGACGGCGGCGAAGACAGGGCGCUCUAUGGCGAAGAGGGCGACGUGAUGUACGAGGAGGAAGGAGUGUACAACUAUGAAGAUGAGGAAGAGAUGCCGUACGAGGAAGAUGAAGAUACGUACCCAAUGGAUGGGGCUCUCGGUGAAGAGCAAGAGCCAUCUUACAGCCCCACGAGCACUGUUGCCACCCUCGCUCCCCCAUCUGAUAGCUUGUCCUCCAGCAGGCCUCCUCUGGAAAAGCAGACGUCUUUACAUCAGCAGCAGCCUCCCGAUCAACUGCAACCAUCAAGCACCGCGCCGGUCCUCCCUCCCCUUGAACAGGAUGACACCUUGCCCUCUUUCACAUCUGACUCGACCGACCUUCCCUUUGCACCCGCCCAGCAAGACGUAUUUGCCAACACUACCACUACCAUCAGCAACACAUCCGCCACUGCCACUGUAGCACAGAUUCCAGGACCUGAUGCCAAGUUCCAAGAGCCCGAGCCAAAGUCCGAGGUGCCCCUAGAGGAGGUCCCACCUACAGAACAACUUCCGGCUGGGGAGAGCGUCCCCUCACCCCCUGAGGAGAAAACAGAGGAGCCUCCUCUCCCCAGCUUCCCAAAAAGGGAACUCAUGGAACCCGGUCCUGCAAGAGCCAAAGCCAACUGGCUCCGAUUGUUCAGCAGAGUACGACUGCAGUUACAAGAGGCCCGAGGUGAGAGUGUCGGCAUCGCCUCUCUGCUGUUAUCAGCGGGGAUGGGCGGUGCUCUUUACAGCAUCGACAGCAUGCCAGACCUCAGGAAGAGGAAAGCGAUGCCUCUGGUCAGAGAUCUGUCAUUGGUCCAGAACUCCAGGAAGGCCGGCAUCACCUCAGCCCUAACGUCCAGCACCUUGCACAACGAAGAACUGAAGAGCCAUGUCUACAAGAAGACCCUCCAGGCUCUCAUCUAUCCCAUCUCCUGCACCACCCCGCACAAUUUCGAGGUGUGGACCGCCACCACGCCCACCUACUGCUACGAGUGCGAGGGGCUGCUGUGGGGUAUCGCUCGCCAAGGCAUGCGCUGUACUGAGUGCGGCGUCAAAUGUCACGAGAAGUGCCAGGAUCUGCUCAACGCCGAUUGUCUGCAAAGAGCGGCGGAGAAGAGCUCCAAACAUGGCGCAGAGGACCGCACUCAGAACAUCAUCAUGGUCCUCAAAGACCGCAUGAAGAUCCGCGAGAGGAAUAAACCGGAGAUAUUUGAACUCAUUCAGGAGGUCUUCACCGUCCCCAAGGCCACGCACGGCACCCAGAUGAAGCAGAUCAAACAGAGUGUGCUUGAUGGCACCUCCAAAUGGUCGGCCAAGAUCAGCAUCACGGUGUUAUGUGCCCAAGGUUUACAAGCCAAGGAUAAGACCGGCUCCAGUGACCCGUACGUCACUGUCCAGGUGGGAAAGACUAAAAAGAGGACCAAAACCAUCUAUGGCAACCUCAACCCUGUCUGGGAGGAGACCUUCAAUUUCGAAUGCCACAACUCCUCGGAUCGCAUCAAGGUGCGAGUAUGGGACGAGGAUGACGACAUCAAGUCCCGUGUGAAGCAGAAGUUCAAGCGGGAGUCCGACGACUUCCUCGGGCAAACAAUCAUCGAGGUCCGCACUCUGAGUGGCGAGAUGGAUGUGUGGUACAAUCUCGACAAGCGCACGGACAAAUCGGCCGUAUCGGGGGCGAUCCGCAUGCACAUCAAUGUGGAGAUUAAGGGCGAAGAGACAGUUGCUCCAUAUCACGUUCAAUACACCUGUUUGCAUGAAAACCUCUUCCACUUUGUGACAGACAUCCAGAACACAGGUGUGGUGAAGAUCCCCGAUGCCAAAGGAGAUGAUGCGUGGAAAGUAUACUACGAAGAGACACCUCAGGAAAUAGUGGAUGAGUUUGCGAUGCGUUACGGGGUGGAGUCCAUCUACCAAGCCAUGACUCACUUUGCCUGCCUGUCGUCCAAGUACAUGUGCCCGGGCGUGCCUGCAGUGAUGAGCACCCUGCUGGCCAACAUCAAUGCCUACUACGCGCACACCACACAGGCUACUAACAACGUUUCUGCCUCAGACCGCUUUGCCGCGUCCAACUUUGGGAAAGAACGAUUUGUCAAGCUUCUUGAUCAGCUGCACAACUCACUGAGGAUCGACCUGUCCAUGUACCGAAACAACUUCCCAGCCAGCAGUCCGGAGAGGCUGCAGGACCUCAAGUCCACGGUGGACCUCCUCACCAGUAUCACCUUCUUCAGGAUGAAGGUCCAAGAGCUGCAGUCUCCACCCAGAGCGAGCCAGGUCGUGAAAGACUGUGUGAAAGCCUGUCUCAAUUCCACUUACGAGUACAUCUUUAACAACUGCCAUGAGCUCUACAGCCGCGAGUACCAGACAGACCCGGCCAAGCAGGGUGCAGUGCCUCCAGAGGAACAGGGACCUAGCAUCAAGAAUCUAGACUUCUGGUCCAAACUCAUCACCCUUAUUGUCUCCAUCAUCGAGGAAGACAAGAACUCCUAUACACCCUGCCUUAACCAAUUCCCCCAGGAGCUCAAUGUGGGUAAAAUCAGCGCUGAAGUGAUGUGGAACCUGUUUGCUCAGGACAUGAAAUAUGCUAUGGAGGAGCAUGAGAAAAACCGCUUGUGCAAGAGUGCUGAUUACAUGAACCUGCAUUUCAAGGUCAAGUGGCUUUACAAUGAGUACUGCAAAGACUUGCCUUUCUUCAAGAGCAGAGUGCCUGAGUAUCCUGCGUGGUUUGAGCCAUUUGUGAUCCAGUGGCUGGAUGAAAAUGAGGAAGUGUCUCGGGACUUCCUGCAUGGCGCUUUGGAGCGAGACAAGAAAGAUGGGUUCCAGGUCACAUCAGAGCAUGCCCUGUUUUCCUGUUCUGUCGUGGAUGUGUUUUCCCAGCUCAACCAGAGUUUUGAGAUUAUACGAAAAUUAGAGUGUCCAGAUCCGCAGAUCGUCGGACACUACAUGAAACGAUUUGCAAAGACCAUCAGCAAUGUUCUUCUGUCAUAUGCUGACAUCAUCUCCAAGUUGUUUGCCAACUACGUCACAAUGGAGAAAGUGCCCUGCAUCCUUAUCAACAACAUCCAACAGUUGAGAGUGCAGCUGGAGAAGAUGUUUGAGGCUAUGGGUGGAAAAGAUUUGUGUGUUGAGGCCAGCGACAUCUUGAAGGACUUGCAGGUUAAACUAAACAAUGUAAUGGAUGACCUCAGCAGAGUCUUUUCUGUCAGUUUCCAGCCUCAUAUCGAAGAGAAUGUGAAGCAGAUGGGAGACAUCUUGGCUCAGGUAAAAGGAACGUCAAAAGUCGGAAAUGCCAGCAGCGUGGCUCAGGAUGCUGACAACGUCCUGCAACCCAUCAUGGAAUUCCUGGACAGCAACCUGACUUUGUUUGCCAAGAUCUGUGAGAAGACGGUGCUGAAGCGUGUGCUUAAGGAGCUGUGGAAGCUUGUGAUGAACACCAUGGAGAAGACGAUUGUUCUGCCGCCGCUCACUGAUCAAACGGGCACUCAACUCAUCUUUAACGCUGCCAAGGAGCUGGGUCAGCUGUCCAAGCUGAAGGAGCACAUGGUUCGCGAGGAGGCCAAAGCUCUCACGCCCAAGCAGUGUGCAGUCAUAGAACUAGCCCUGGACACCAUCAAGCAAUAUUUCCACGCUGGUGGCGUUGGUCUGAAGAAGACAUUCCUGGAGAAGAGUCCCGACCUGCUGUCCCUCCACUACGCCCUGUCCCUCUACACGCAGGCCACAGACAAACUUGUUAAGACCUUUGUCCAGUCGCAGAAUGCACAAGUGUUCGGCGGCAAGGGGGUGCGGUUCACCGCUAGUGAGGAUGUUUACCCAGAGAAGGGCUCCGGGGUGGACGACGCUGUGGGUGAGGUGUCCAUCCACGUGGAGAUCUUCACCCACCCCAACACCGGAGAGCACAAGGUCACCGUGAAAGUGGUGGCUGCCAACGACCUGAGGUGGCAGACGCAGGGAAUAUUCCGUCCGUUCGUGGAAGUGUUCAUCAUCGGCCCUCACCUCAGCGACAAGAAGCGGAAGUACGCCACCAAGUCCAAGAACAACAGCUGGGCGCCCAAAUAUAACGAAACCUUCACUUUCACGCUGAGCAGCGAGGUGGGCCCCGACUGCUACGAGCUGCAGGUGUGCGUCAAGGACUACUGCUUUGCCCGCGAGGACCGCACGGUGGGCAUGGCCGUUCUGCAGUUGAAGGACGUGGCCUCCAAGGGCAGCGUGGCCUGCUGGCUGCCCCUGGGCAAGCGAAUCCACAUGGACGAGACGGGCCUGACCGUGCUGCGCAUCCUAUCGCAGCGCAACAACGACGACGUGGCCAAGGAGUUCGUCAAGCUCAAGUCGGACCAGCGCUCGGCUGAGGAAGGCCGCGGCUAAGUGGUCUUCCCACCCCCACCUUCAGUGCUGUAAAUACAUUCAUUCCAAUCGGGGUGCGUUUAUCAUUAUGGAUGACGUCUGCCAUCUUUGUGAUCAAGUCGAAUCAUGGCGUUCGCGAGGUGUGUCAGAAAAGUUACAAGACUGGUGUCAAACAUUUUAUACGGUGGUGCCUGUAGGGUGCUGUAUGGUGGCAGUGAACUCAAAUUUCUUUACAACAAACAGCAGUUUGGCAGAUAGUGAACAAUUCUUCAAGAAAAUAGACUUAGGCUUCGACUAAUGCCACUAUUAGUUGACGUUUUCUGUUAAGCUAAAGAUGAAGAGAAUUACACGUGUAUUUAAACAACCACAUAACUUUGCCUUAAGCUCCACUAUCUAAAUGCUAACACAUAAGGGGAAACGCCAUAGACGAGCUAACUGAUAGCAUCUAUAUAUCCACUUUAAGCAAUUUUAACGCAAAUAGUGGAGCAGCACAUGUAGACAGACAAUAUAACAAUGCUUAAAGUCAUAUAUUCUUCAUCCACUGCGAAAAAUGACUGAUAUUUUUGCACAUUACCGUUUUUACAAGGGCCCAACUGAUUAAGGCGGCCGGCCGAUUUAAUGGGCCAAUAUUACCCCUUUGCAACUGGGCAAUAGAUUUUUGCAGAUUUCAACAUUAGACAAAAAUAAUGACAAAAAAACAUUCUUAAAAAAAGUCAGCAAAAAUAAUUUGGCCAAUUCUUACCAAUUUUUCUUUGUUUUAGUUAAACAAAUGCUAAAGAACAAAGGACUGUAAAACAAUCAAAUGUUAUGCCUGUAAUUCAUAUCUUCAUUGUAGUAAAAAACAUUUUUCUUGGCUUUUCGGGGGAGGCUGGAACAAAUGAAUGGCAUUUCCAUUCAUUUCAAUGGGGAAGGAUGAAUUGAGUAUUUUGAAUGACUCGCAUGGUCACGGAAAUUAAUUCAACUGUAUCUCAAGGCACCACUGUUUUUUAAAUUCAAAAGUUUUCCCCUUUGAAGCAAUCCCUUUGGACUCUCACACACUUUCCCGUCUCUGCCACAUCUUCACGCACUCCUGGAAUGAUUCUUCCGGGGUCCUCUGCAGCACCGUCAUCACGGCCGUCUUCGAAACAGGUCCGCUUGAUGACCCCCUGAGUUUUUGAAUGAGAGGAGGGGAAAAAAAGUGACAAAAAGCCAGGUCAUAUCAGUAGGGACGAUGCUCCAGCACGGCGACGUUCUUCACGGCAAGGAACUGUCAGAUGCUCAGGGCAUUGUGAGUAGGCGCGUUGCCACGGUGAAGCAGCCGCGAGUCUUCCUGCCACAACUCUCUCUCAGGAUCUCUUUGUAAGACGUACCGGUUGAUCGUCUGACCCGCAUUGAAGGGGGAAACUCAUAGUUUGGGAUUGAAAUCUAUCUUCUGUGAUACCAGUCCUGGAACUUUUCUAAUACACCUCAUGUAUCACACGUGGCAUUACACACGUCUCAAUCGGCUUCACAGGGUUGUAUUUUACUUUCGGAGGAUAGUCGCGCAAAUGUGUCGGCGAAAAGAUAAACAUUCCAGAAGUGACAGGGAGGGUCCCAGGGAAGAAAAGUACACGUUUAUAAGUGCAACUAUUUAUUAUCGUUUACGGUUUUCUUCCAGAUUAUAUUUAUACGAAAAUAGUUCUGAGUCUAAUCAUAAAUCAUCCGUGAAGUGACAGUAUAUUUCGGGAGGAUGUUCGAUGGCGGAACAGAGCACACUGCCUGACACCUUCAAUGCCUUCUGUCUCGUUCACCCGCCAUCUUUGUGAUAAGUGCACAUAAGUGAGUGUGUAUGAGUGUGCGAGUGAAACCAACACAAGCCGACAUCUUAGUGCGAUUUUCCUGUCAUGUUUUACCCCCUCUUAGUUACUAGUGUAAACAUUCCAGAUGGAAGGUGCCAAGUCCCCCACGCAUAAACACGUUUACGUGGGUUGUUAUAAGUCACCAAGCACAAGUCAUUAGCGAUCCGUUGUCGAUCGAGUGGGACCUCUGCUAAAAGGGCUGAAGAUCCCGACCGCGCACGGUCUGCAUCUGACAUGGAAGAAAUAGAUGACCUUGAAGGGGUGGGCUUCAUUUUUCAGAGGCCAUUUUAGUUCCCCAAGGGCCAUACCAAAAUUAUGAGGUAAUAUGAUGCAAUGACCAAACUAACCUCUGAGGUUUUAUUUGUUUGUAGAAAACGUGGAGGGUCGGCCACGUUGUCCACCCCUGUUCUCGUCAGUAGAGCGUGUCAAACAUGAAAAAAAGUAGUGUGAAGGUUACAUUUCUGCUAUCGUCUUUUUUUUUUUAAA